GACGAGAACCUCGAGAUUCCCAGGCACGAGCUAGUUUCCCACGGCGGCAGCCAUUCCUCCAUUUGGCGUGCGUUUCUCCUUCCCGUUUGCACCGGGCUGACGCGUUUCACGCGCUCUCGACCUCCGCAGCGAGCAGCACUGCGCGUGCAGAGCCUCGCCCUUGUCGGUUGCCUUCACGCGUGACGCGAAUUCCAAAUCGUUCUGCCCCAACAGGCGCCAGCCAUGGCGGCAGUAUCGCAGGCAGCGGCGCGAGCGCCGUACUCCGUCGCGCGAUCCCUCGGCGGCAGAGCAGCGCAGCGCCUGUCGCAGACACAUUCGCUUUCCAAGGCCUUCUUUUCCGGGCUCAGUCUCAGCCAAGUCGCCCUUUCGGCUGACGCCAAAUCGCCGCAGGUCGCGCAGAGGCGCGCCGCCAGCCGCGGCGCUCGCUGCGACGCAAAGGGGGCUGCUGCGACGGCGGGGAGCGACGGGAAGCCGCGCGUGCGAUUCGCGCCGUCGCCGACGGGGAACCUGCACGUGGGCGGGGCGCGCACGGCGCUGUUCAACUGGCUUUUCGCCAGGGCGACGGGUGGCAAGUUCGUUCUGCGCGUGGAGGACACCGAUCUGAACCGCUCUACGCCGGAGUCCGAGGCCGCCAUGGUGCGCGACCUGCGCUGGCUGGGGCUCGACUGGGACGAAGGCCCCGACGUGGGCGGCCCGCUGGGUCCGUACCGGCAGUCGGAGCGCAACGAGAUCUACCGCGAGCUGACCGACAAGCUGCUGGCGUCGGGCAUGGUGUACCGCUGCUUCUGCUCUGAUGAGGAGCUAGCAGCAAUGAAGGCGGAGCAGGAGGCGAAGAAGCUUCCUCCCAAGUACGCGGGCAAGUGGGCCACUGCCAGCGAGGAGGAGGUGGCUGCGGAGCUGGCGAAGGGCACACCGCACUCGUUCCGGUUCCGAGUGCCGGCCAACAAAGUCAUCAAGAUCAACGACCUCGUUAGAGGGGAGGUGGCGUGGAACACGGACACGCUGGGCGACUUUGUGGUGCUGAGGAGCAACGGGCAGCCGGUGUACAACUUCUGCGUGACCGUGGAUGACGCCACCAUGAAGAUCUCCCACGUCAUCCGAGCGGAGGAGCAUUUGCCCAACACCCUGCGGCAGGCGCUCAUCUACGAGGCCCUGGGUCUCCCCAUGCCCACGUUCGGCCACGUGUCGCUCAUCCUCGCCCCUGACCGCUCCAAGCUCUCCAAGCGCCACGGCGCCACCUCCGUGGGGCAGUUCAAGGAGCUGGGCUUCCUGCCGGAGGCCAUGGUGAACUACCUGGCGCUGCUGGGGUGGAACGACGGCACGGAGGACGAGAUCUUCACGCCCACGCAGCUAGUUGAGAAGUUCUCCCUCUCCCGCGUCACCAAGAGCGCUGCCAUCUUCGACAACGCCAAGCUGCGGUGGAUCAACGGCCAGCACUUCCGCCAGCUGGACGAGGAAGCUUCCACGCAGGUGCUCGCUGAACAGUGGCACGCCAGCGGCCUGCUGACGUCAGCAGAUACGAGCAGCAGCACCGUGCAGAUGGCAGCAGCGCUGGUUCGCAACGGCCUGGAGCUCGUCACUGACGCAGACGUGGCGCUGGAGGCACUGCUGGCUUACCCGCUCAAGGAGACACUCGCCAGCGACGAAGCCAAGGAAGUGGUGGAAGACGGCCUUGCAGACGUGAGAACAGCCCUGCUGGCGGAUUGGGAUAGCGGUGCCCUGCUGGCAGCAGUGGAGGGAGGGGCUGCCACGUGGAAGAAGUGGAUCAAGGGGUUCGGGAAGGCUGCAGGGCGCAAGGGCAAGCGCCUGUUCAUGCCCCUGCGCGUGCUGCUGACGGGGCGCAUGCACGGGCCUGACGUGGGGGAGACUCUGCUCAUGCUGCACCAGGCUGCAGGCGACCAGGCGUUUGGCCCCAAGGCACACUGCGUGGGGCUGGAGGAGAGGAUAAGGAUCGUGAGGGAGGCGGACCUUGCUGCCGCUGGGGCUGGGGCUGAAGCUGUUGCUGCCAGUGCGGCACACUGACACGGGGAAGACUCUUGGCAGGCUGCUGCAGGCAGGGGGGUUGGAAGAGAGGAUGAGGAUUGUGAGGGAUGUGGGACUUGGUGGUGCUGCUGAUGUUAGUGCUGUUGGCACUGAAGCUGUUGCUGUUAGCAUCACUUGGUGAUUGUUUUGGCUAGGCUGCUAGCUAGUCAGUGCUCCACUUCUGCUUUGUGAUAUAGUCUGUCGUGAGGUAGCUGGUACCACCCUACCUGAUUCAGAACCGUGUUCUGGUAAUUGUUGGAAAGCCGUGAAGGCUUUGGGAUGUGCAUUGGGUUGGGUCAGAUGGUAUGGGAAGAAAGGCCCCAUUGAAUUGAGAGCGUUUUGCUUUAAUGGAACACGGUUUAGU